CUCGCUAAGCAGCUUGUUUGCCUUGGUUGCUUCCAUGACAUUGUUUGCCGUGUUGAUGAUGUUUGCUGAUGAAGGCGCUGAGCUGAGCCGUUACACCUGGCUUUUGCAGCCAGGGUCCUACAGUGUUUGCUGAAACUCAGCCUGCGGUCAAACCAGAUGCCCAACCAACGUGUUGCGCCACCAGGAGGGGGAGGCCUGACUGUGUGCGUGCCUUGCAGGGUGUGUAUGGAGCAUGUGGGGUUAGAGUGGUUGGUACCACGUGAGAAGUGCUGUAGCUCUGUUUUGUUGAGAUUGAAGUUUUCCUCUAAAGAGGGACUGGCCACCAGCUGGCAGAUGUCAUCAGCAUAUCCAAAACGGCCGUGUCGGGUGCGAAAUGAGCCCUGUUUGAAAAUAGGCUCAAUGAAUAACAUAAAGAGGAUCGGGGAGACUGGGGAGCCUUGUGGGAGACCUGCUGGAACCUGGAAUGUCCGGCUUGUAUGGUUCCCUAGGCGGAGACUGGCUGUUCGACCUUGGGUGAAGCUAGCUACCCAUCAGAUUAAAUUGAUAGGCCAUCCCUGUUCCCGAAGCCGCUGGAUCAGUUGUCCCUGUAGGACAGCAUCAAAAGCGCCUUGUACAUCCAGUGUCAGCAUGGAGGCCUUCAGCCCUCGUGACCAAGCCUCCUCAACAUCAUGGAUCAAAGCUGCGGCUAGGUCCGUUGCGGAACGCAGUGGUAGAGCUCCGAAUUGCUGAGGAUGGAGGACUUUGUGUUUGAUAGCAAUCCAUGCUAUUCUGCGGGCUAUUAGGCGCUCGAGGCCUUUUCCCAAAACUGACAGGAGAGAUAUUAGUCUGUAAGCUCGGGGGGAGCUCCGGUCUCUCUUUCCUGGUUUUGGUAAGGCCACAAGCGAAGCAUCUCAGAAAGGAGUAGGGUGCCAGCCCUGGUCUAGGCAGUGUUGGUACAGUGUCGAGAUAGCAGGGCCUAGGGAGGGCCAUGCCUUCUUUAGGGUGGAAGUGCUUAUACCAUCCUUCCCUGGAGUGCUGUUCUUUGGUUUGGCAACUGCAGUAUGGAUCUCUUUCUCUGUGAUGGCCGGGAAAGGCAGUUUGGGGUCAUCAAUAGGCUCCAAAUUGACCUCCACAUCUUCUGAACAUG